GUGCUGUACUGAAUCACCAAAACGGGGAGCGGUUGGGGGAACGCUGUCAGCAUGGCCGCUGCCCUUUAAAUACGUCAUUCGUUGCUUCAAGCCACAACCACGAAACGGUAGCAAAUGUACCUCAAAAUCUGUUCAAGAACGUUUUGGGGAAACGUGUCGUUCAGUACAAACCGUUCCGCAACGUAGCAAACGUUCAAGCGAACUGAACGCACAGGUUUAGUGUACGGUGGUCCCGCGCACCGCGCAGACAGCCAGCUCGAGCCUACCGGAGCGGUGUAACGUUCUCAAAGGUAAAGAUGGCAGAACGACAGCAGAAACAUGAAGGCGGCCGAGUGAAGAUCGGACAUUACCUCCUAGGAGACACUCUGGGCGUCGGCACCUUCGGCAAAGUAAAGAUUGGAGAGCACCAGUUGACAGGUCAUAAGGUGGCAGUGAAGAUCCUGAACAGACAGAAGAUCAGGAGUCUGGACGUGGUGGGCAAGAUCAAACGAGAGAUACAGAACCUCAAACUCUUCAGACACCCUCACAUCAUCAAACUGUACCAGGUGAUCAGUACUCCUACAGAUUUCUUCAUGGUGAUGGAGUAUGUCUCAGGAGGAGAGCUGUUUGACUACAUCUGCAAACACGGACGGGUAGAAGACAAAGAGGCUCGUCGGUUGUUCCAGCAGAUUAUCUCCGGUGUAGACUACUGCCACAGACACAUGGUGGUGCACAGAGACCUCAAACCUGAGAAUGUACUGCUGGACCAUUCCAAGAACGCCAAAAUAGCUGACUUUGGGUUGUCCAACAUGAUGUCAGACGGGGAGUUCCUGAGGACCAGCUGUGGAUCUCCAAACUACGCUGCUCCUGAAGUCAUCUCCGGAAGGUUAUACGCUGGCCCUGAGGUUGACAUAUGGAGCAGUGGGGUGAUCCUGUAUGCGUUGCUGUGUGGGACUCUGCCCUUUGAUGACGAACACGUUCCCACACUGUUUAAGAAGAUCAGAGGGGGCGUGUUCUAUAUGCCAGAAUACCUCACUCGCCCCGUCGCCUCCCUGCUGCUGCUCAUGCUGCAGGUCGACCCGCUCAAGAGGGCUACCAUUAAAGACAUUAGGGAACAUGAGUGGUUUAAGCAGGACCUGCCAGGCUACCUGUUUCCUGAGGACCCUUCCUAUGACUCCACCAUUCUGGAUGAGGAGGCAGUCCGAGAGGUGUGUGACAAGUUUGAGAGCACCGAGUCUGAGGUGAUGUCCAGCCUGUACAGCGGAGACCCUCAGGACCAGCUAGCAGUAGCGUACCAUCUGAUCAUAGACAACCGGCGCAUCAUGACCCAGGCCAGCGAGUUCUACCUGGCCUCCAGCCCUCCCCAGGGAUCCUUCAUGGAGGAUGGCAUGUCACUGCCCCCAGGGGUCAAACCACACCCAGAGAGGAUGCCCCCCCUGCUGGUAGACAGCCCCAAGGCGCGCUGCCCGCUGGAUGCCCUCAACACCACCAGAGCCAAACCCCUGGCAGUGAAGAAAGCCAAGUGGCAUCUGGGCAUCAGGAGUCAGAGCAGACCCUAUGACAUCAUGGCUGAGGUCUACAGGGCUAUGAGACAGCUACAGUAUGACUGGAAGGUGGUGAACCCGUAUCACCUGCGUGUUCGGAGGAAGAACCCAGUAACAGGCAACCUGGUGAAGAUGUGUCUCCAGCUGUACCAAGUAGACAACAGAUCCUACCUGCUGGACUUUAAAAGCAUCGACGAUGACAUCAUGGACGCAGUAGGGUUUAAGUCGGGCUCCUCCACCCCCCAGAGGUCAGGCUCCACUGCAGGGCUCCACAGACCCAGACUCAGUGUGGACUCAGCCUGUCCUGCUGUGGAUCUCCCCAAGCUCAGCUCCUCUCUGCCUGGGUCGCUGUGCUCCAGCGCUGCCCUCCUCACCUCCGCCCCCACCCCGCGGCAGGGCAGCCACACUAUGGACUUCUUUGAGAUGUGUGCCAGUCUCAUCACCACGCUGGCCCGCUAGAGAGGGUAAACCCCCACUGGGUAACUAGGGGCCUGGAGUUUUUCCUGGUCAAUGUCAUAUAGUCCGGAAAACUCCAGGUCCCACCUGCAUAACCAUCUGAAACAGAACACUGCCCUGCACCUAUUUAGACAGUUUUAUAUUGGUGUGAUCCUGACCUAAUUCUCCAAGUACUGCAGAACACUGACCACUGCAGGGCAGACAUGCCUCUAACCACAGAUCUAGGGUCAGUUGUUACCUCCUGGUGUUGUAGUUUGGGCUAGGCAAGAUAAACUGAUCCUAGAUCUCUGGUUAGGCUUCCUGUCUGUCUAGAGCAGGGAUGGGCAACGUUGAUGGGGGUAGGGGCCACAAAAAAUCUGAACUCAUCAUUAGGGGGUGCGGUGGCUCGCGGGACUGCUUACCCACAUCCAUACACACACAUGCAGUCAGUGUUUUGGAGGCCCUAAGCAAAAUUUGGCAAUUUAUAUAUUUUUUUAGUUUAGUCUUGACAGCGGAAGGAAUUGAUCUGCGGGCCUACAAAAGUGGCCAUGCGACCCGCGGGCCACCAGUUUCCCAUCCCUGGUCUAGAGCCAGUCUGCCAGAGCCAGUCUGGCCGUGGGAAAGGUUAGAGGUCUCACUUGUUGGGGCAAGGUCACGUUAAGUCAAAUCUACUGUAGCUCCCAUAUGGCGCGUUCACAUGCUAGUCGAAACUAAGAAACUGACAUUUCUAACUGGUUGUAGUUAUGCAAGUGCAGCAUUCAACCAGUUAGCAUGUCGGACAUUUCUGAGUUUCCUAGUUCCGACUAGCAUGUGAAUGCGGCAAUAAUGUUUGUUUACAGAUAAGCGGCGCCUCCCUGACUACUCUCAACCUCCAAUCAGCUCCAGAAUAGCCACCACUGUAGAACAAACACACUGAGCAUUUUAUAUAUGGUUUUAUAUGGUUUUUGUAACGACACAGAUUUUGUUAUCCAUAUGUAUCAUAUAUAUUUAUAUUACUGUUACUUUGAGUAGUGUAGUAGCUGUUGAUUGUAACAUACCAGAAAUGAAGUUAGAGAGGAUUGUUAUUAUUAUUUAGAUAUCAUAUUCUUAUUUAUUUUAAACAGGUUGUUUUAUAGGCUCUGUGUGGUACUGAAUAUUGAGUAUUGGAGCACUGCUGAUGUUUGAGAAUUAUAUACUGACUUAAGAGAUUGUAGGUGAUGAGAGAGAGAGGAGGCUAACUGACUGGCAAUAUUGUUCUGUGGAUUAGUUAGCAUUGAUGCUAACUGACGGAGGAGGAGGGAGGGAAGUGUAUCUGUAGUGAACCUUUCUCCAGGUGCCUUAACACGCGUUGUUUCUAGCUUGGUGGCUGUUUUUGUUUGUAGAAACAGAAUGGCAAGCAGACUGUUUUUGUGUGUGUGUGUGUGUGUGUACACUCCUGUGUGUAGAGGAGAGGACUGACAGACAGCUUGCCAGGGAUUGGUCAGGAGAAGACAUACGGUACUGUAGUUUAUGUGCCAAUGAGAUUUGAGUUCUGACUAACAUAACUAAAGAUACAGGAAGAGGGAGAAUAGAUAUGACAGAACACUGGAACAAAUCUCCCUUUACCAAUUGUCAAAUGGUUUACAGUAUAUAGUCUUCCGGACUCCUGUCUCUUGUUCGGCUGGAGCCAGUGAGGGCUGGGCUCUUGCUGAUCUGAUGCAUGCUAGUGUGUGGGUGUUUCUCUGGUCUGUUCUGGUACCAUGAUGGUUGUCCCGUUUGUUAUUAAAUGUAGAAUCAUUUGUCUCUCUCUCUCUCUUUCCUUCCCUCCCUCUAGAGUUAUUGGUUUGUUGUGUAUAUUUGCAGUAGUGUGUGUUUCGCCGAGGGAAUUGUAGACCUCUGUUGGGCCAGUUAAAGAGUCAAAAAAGACACUAAACCUCUCUUCUUUCCUUCUGUUUCCUUGUCAUUUGUUUCCUUGUUGUUUGUCCUGUGCAGCAGUUCUGUCAUCACAUCUCUAUUCUGAGAGCGUAGUCUGUUUUGUCUGUGUAUGACACUAUACAUGCAAGACAGUACCCACGUAUGUAUACUCCCAUCUAGUACCGGUCGGACCCCCCUUUGUCUCCAGAACAGUCUGAAUUCUUCAGGGGAUUCUACAAGGUGUCAAACAUUCCACAGGGAUGUUGGUCCAUGCUAAUGCGAUGGCGCCAUGCAGUUAGUGUAGAUUGGACGGCGGUACAUUCAUGCUGCGAACAUCCAUCUCAUCCUAAAGACGUUCUAUUGGGUUGAGGUCUGGGGACUGAGCAGGCCACUCAAGUAAACUGAACUCGCUGGCAUGUUCCAGGGGAUGUUUUCCCACUCCUCAGUUGUUCAGUGUUGGUUAUCGCGUACCCACCUGAGCCAUUUGUUGUUUUUAGCUGAUAGGAGUGGAACCCGGUGUGGUGGUCUGCUGCAAUAGCCCAUCCGUGACGAGUUUGUUUGUGACCCACCUGUUGGCUUGCACGAUUUUUGCCAUUCUCCUUCGACCUCUCAUCAACGAGCUGUUUUCACCCACAGGGCUGCUGCUGACUGGGUGUUAUUUGUUUGUCCCACCAUUCUCUGUAAACCCUAGACACUGUCGUGUGUGAAAAGCCCAGGAGGACGGACGUUUCUGAGAUACUGCAACCGGGGCAUGGCGCCGAUGAUCAUACUUGGCUAAAAGUCGCUUAAGUCACUUGUUUUGCCCAUUCUAACGUUCAAUUGAACAGUAACCGAAUGCCUGUUUUAUAUAACAAGCCACAGCCAUGUGACUCAGUGUCUGUAGGAGCGAUACAUUUUUGUGAACUGGGUGGUGUACUUAAUAAAUUGGCAUAUCCUAUAUACAUACAUACAUACAUACAUACAUACAUACAUACUGUGGGUACAAAACAUUAUGAACACCUGCUCCAUGACAGACUGACCAGGUGAAAGCUAUGAUCCCUUAUUGACGUAAUUUGUUAAAUCCACUUCAGUCCAUGUAGAUUAGUGGUCACCAAACAUUUCUAUAGAAAAGCCAAGCCUGAUUUUGUGUGUGUUGGGGGUAGGUGCACUUGAUUCAAGCGGACCGGGAGAUCUGUUGCUAAAUCGAGUGCGCCUACUGUGCUGGCAAUCGAAUAGCUGAAAUUACCGUACAGAGCCUCCACGACCCCGGCCACCGUAAACACGUUUGAUACUAGCCUAGGUAAAAUGGAAUAACUUUUAAAACCACGACCACAGAAAUACUGUAAAAUAAUACAGCAAAGCGCUGCAGUUUUAUGAGUGAGUUUGUUUUUAUUCAACACUGUCACCCUGCUUUUAUUGAACACUAUUACAAAACAUAAACCGCUCUUCUCCCUUUUCCCACUCGCGCUGCAAUGAGUAGCCAAGUGUAUCGAUAGUCCUGCGUUUUUAUUGUUAUUAGCGUCGUGUCUAUUUUAAUAUCGAGGAAUAUUUCACUUUCGCUGGUCAUAGGAACCGCAUGAGGCAGAUGCGGCGCGACUCGAGUUUCGCCAUCAAGUGGAAGACGGUGUCUCUUUGGUCAGUCUCACCGGAGGAAAGGAAGGAGAGAGCAGUGACCGUGAAAGGCGGACCCGCUGCGGCUCUCUUCCUCCCUCCACUGAGAAUAAUGCUCUGUUCAAGACAGCUACUCUGGAAAAACGAGAUCCGACUGGAUCCGACGGGAAAAUGGUUUUGAACGGUCAUCCAACGCGGAAUUCCUAGUCGGAAACUCGCAUCUUUCUAGAGCUCCGACCUCAAGAUCACAGACGUCGUUUUUUUCUCUCGAGUUCCCAGUUGUCUUGAAAGCACAAUGGCCAUCAGAUGCAAGUGCUGUACCAUAUAAUUUAUGCUCAGCUGUGCCUUGCAAGUGCUACAAAAACUGAUAUGUUAUCAAAGCUCAAGUUUUGAAAGAUAAUAUGGUCUGAGAAGAACAAUAUUGGCAGACCAGGCAUAUCGCCAAUAUGCUGCGAUAAUGUAUUAGGACUACUGCACAAACCCCAUUCCUACAGAGCUGUUUUUAUUAGGUUACAUUUUUCAAGUAAUGUAAAAAUAAAAAAAUUGAGCAGUAGAUCUUGGCUUGCUUUUUGAAUGCGAAAGCGAUCUUGACUCAAAGGUUGGUGACCACUGGUGUAGAUGAAGGGGAGGAGACAGGUUAAAGAAGGAUUUUGAAGCCUUGAGACAAUAGAGACAUGGAUUCUGUAUGUGUGCAAUUCAGAGGGUGACUGGGCAAGACAAAAUAUUUAAGUGCCUUUGAAUAGGGUAUGGUAGUAGGUGCCAGGCAUGUCGGUUUGUGUCAAGAACUGCAACGCUGCUGGGAUUUUCAUGUUCAACAGUUUCCCAUGUGUAUCAAGAAUGGUCCACCACCCAAAAGACAUCCAGCCAACUUGACACAAGCAUUGGAGUCAUGGGCCAGCAUCCCUGUGGAACGCUUUUGACGUCUUGUAGAGUCCAUGCCCCAACGAAUUGAGGCUGUUCUGAGGGCAAACUGGUGGAACUCAAUAUUAGGAAGAUUCUUAAUGUUUUGAACACCGUGUAUAUCUGACUGUAGCUGCUACAAGGUCAGGGAGAAACUCUCCUUCCUGCUGCUACACUCAUGCAAUUACUCACAGCAAUGACCUGAUAUUCUGUUACUUACACACACAUACUACUUCAAGUUAUACACACCCACUCUGUCAGUGUAAGGUGUACCUCUUUCCAAGGGUUAAGGUGUGUUGUCACCGUAUCCAGACUUCUGGAACCAAAGUGUUCUUCUCUUCUGUCUGUGUGUGCGUGAGAGCGAAAUGUACCUCUUCCUCUCUGUCUGAGGUGUGGUUUUCAGUGUUAUAUGCAUUGCAUGACGUUGCUGUUCUGAUUUGCACUUUACUGAGUAUUUAUUGUCAAACACAAUUAAACUGACCUAAACACUAGA